AGGACGAGUUGGGAGAAACAAGCAGUUGCCAACUUGCCAUGAGCGCCGUCUGCGUCGCGAGCCCGCCGGCCGAAGACGACUGGGACAUGCCACUGCUCUUCAUGACGUCGCUGCCGACCAACUUCAAGGUCAACGCCGACAUUGCCGCGCUUGCGAGCUUCACGGACGACUACGAGGUCUCGGAGGACGAAGGGCCGUCGCCGCCAAAGACAGGCAAGGUCCAGGACAAGACCAAGUUCCGGUCGUCGUCGCGUCACGUGGCCAAGCCGUACGCCAAGUCGAAGAAGGCCAACAUGGCCGAGCUGCAAGUGUGCAUGAAGUUUUUCAACAUGUAGACUACCCCAACUUUGUAUUUAAUACAUCCGCAACACACCACCGAC